AUUGAUUCAGUAAAAUAAAUGAAGUAAAGUUUACUAAAAGAAAGGAUUGAUUCAGUAAAAAUAAAUGAAGUAAAGUUUACUAAAAUAAAGGAUUGAUUCAGUAAAAUAAAUGAAGUAAAGUUUACUAAAAGAAAGGAUUGAUUCAGUAAAAAUAAAUGAAGUAAAGUUUACUAAAAGAAAGGAUUGAUUCAGUAAAAAUAAAUGAAGUAAAGUUUACUAAAAGAAAGGAUUGAUUCAGUAAAUAUAAAUGAAGUAAAGUUUACUAAAAGAAAGGAUUGAUUCAGUAAAUAUAAAUGAAGUAAAGUUUACUAAAAGAAAGGAUUGAUUCAGUAAAAAUAAAUGAAGUAAAGUUUAAUAAAAGAAAGGAUUGAUUCAGUAAAAAUAAAUGAAGUAAAGUUUACUAAAAUAAAGGAUUGACUGUCACUUAUUUACUCUGUGUAACAUUUAAGUCUUGAAACCGAGUUGAAGUUACUUAAAUGUACAUGAAAUUAAAUUUACUUUAAAAAAAAGCAAAUGCAGAAAGUUGCAAAACUUGUUUGAAGUAAAUGUUUACGCAUCAUUUUUUUUAGUGUGCGCUGUGGAAGAACCCGGUAUGUAAAAUCCACACCAUCCAAUAAGAAAGAAUGAAGAGUUGCACUUGAGUUCAGGGCUUUUAACUUGACGUGUGCUUCCCCGCCCACUUUCUGAAUCACACUCCUGCACCUCUGUGGGUUUUUCCAUCUAAACAUCUGAACAGGCUUUAAUGUCUGGCUGAAUCUCCCGCAGAUCUGAGCAUGGCUCGCUGUCAUCAGCUGCACAGCGUUUUUCAGGCCCUGCUGGCUGGAGCCCUCAUGCUGUGUCUGGUGGUGUUAAACCCCAUGAAGCUGGAUGUGUCUCUGUACCCGGAGGAUCCUGGAUCCUGCUCCUGUAUGAAGUGCAUGGCGGAGGAGGAAGACCCCUGGUUUAAUAUACGUUACGACAUCCAGGUGCCGAGACUCAUGUCCAGCCGGAACAGCAACCUCAGUGCAUAUACCAGCAAAUGGUGGAGGGGUCUUCAGAAUAGACCCAGAAGGGUGAACUACACUGCAUUAGUGGAGACCCUGUUCAUGCUGUUCCCUGAUGAAGAGCCUUACUCAGAUUCUGGUCCUGACCGCUGCAAACUGUGUGCUCUGGUGGGAAACUCUGGCAACCUGGAAGGAUCUCAUUAUGGACCAUUAAUAGAUGCUCACGACUUCGUCAUAAGGAUGAAUACAGGUCCAACCAAAGGCUAUGAGAAAGAUGUUGGGUCAAAGACCACCCACCGGGCCAUCUACCCAGAGAGCGCUGUAGACAUGGAUAACUCCACCCACCUCGUACUGGUACCAUUUAAAGUCCUGGAUCUGCAGUGGCUCAUCAGCAUCUUUACCACCAAACAUAUAAAACGCACCUAUAAACCAGUGAAAAACACAAUACGAGCAAACAUAGACAAGGUGAUGAUCUUGCACCCUGAGUUUAUCAAAUAUGUGUAUACAAAAUGGCUGCAGAAACAGGGCAAAUAUCCCUCCACCGGCUUCCUGAUGCUUGUGUUUUCUCUACAUAUCUGUGAUCAGGUAAACGUAUUUGGAUUUGGUGCCAGAAAAGACGGACGCUGGCACCACUACUUUGAUAAAAGAUAUGGUAUUUUUCAUAAUACACCAGAACACAAGGGAAGUGUUGAAUUCGACAUUAUUGAAGAACUCCAUCUUUUAAAUAAGAUCCACCUUUAUAAAGGAAAUUAGAAUAA